AUGGCUGACGAAUCCACUCCCAUCCGUUCCAGCUGCCACUGUAGCGCAAUCACCGUCAUAGUCCCACGACUGCCUGACCACAUUAACCACUGCCAAUGCACCAUUUGUCGCCGCUAUGGGGCAGCGUGGGGAUACUACCACCCAGACGAAGUCAAAAUCGAAACAAAGCCGAAUGCAGUUACCAAGCAGUAUAUCUGGGGAGACAGAGACAUCUCAUUCAACUUCUGCGACACAUGCGGAUGCGUAUUGUAUUGGUGGCCGCUUCAACCGCCGCCUACUGAUGGAGGAGAGUACAAAAUGGGCCUUAACACUAGUAAUGUGAAUCCGGAGGUUUUGAGGUUUGUCGAUCGGAAAUAUGAGUAUUCGUGGGUGAAGCAGCCACUGCGGUCGAAGGAGACGGCGCAUCAGGAUGACCUGGCCGAGUAUUGA